CAGUCCCUUUGCUGUUUAAGUCCAAAGACAAGCGGUGCUGCUCGACUUGAGCUCUACAGUUUUCUCCUGGACGUCUGACGACACUUGGACAUUUAACAUCGUUUAGCUGUUCUUUGCUCUUCACCAGUUCGGAGAUUCUGUUUUGACAUUAAACGCUGCGGACAUUUUUAUUAAAUUUAAUUACCGUUAGCCGAAUUGUCAAAAUGUUGAGUGUCGCCAGAAACGUUUCAAGGACUCUCCCGACAAGGACCUACACAAGAAAUGUGUCCUCUCUGGUCAAGAAGGCAUGCUGGAGUGGCUUCCAACCAGAUGCCCUCAGAGCCCUAUCCAGGAGAGACUAUGCGUCAGAAGCUGUCAAGGGAGCAGUCAUUGGCAUUGACCUGGGAACUACCAACUCAUGUGUUGCUGUCAUGGAGGGGAAACAGGCCAAG